UCGUCUGCAGACCAACACGACAGCUCCAAUCUAGUCCCCAACGCUCACCCGCACACACAAAACGCAUUCAACAUGUUUACCAAAGUGAUCUUUGUUGCUCUGCUGGCCAUCGCUGCCGUCUCCGCCAAGCCCUUGGUACCGCUGGCUUACACGGCCGGUCCUGCUGUGGCCACCGUCGCUUCGCCCUAUCUUGCUCCGUACGCAGCUGCCCCGGUUCCGCUGGCUGCCUACACCUCGCCCUACGCUGCUGCAUACACCGCUGCCGGAUUCCCGUACGCAGCAGCCACCCUUCCCUAUGCUGCCGCCGCACCGUACACCUCAUUAGUGCUGUGAGAAUUGUAACCGGUUGCUGGACAGUACACUACAAAACAAAACACAUGAAAGCUUCCCAUCAAAAAUUGCCAUAAAAAUAUCGUUGCAAAGA